CGAUGAUCUGUUCCAUCGUGUUGAUCUGCGUGUUGGAAAGAUUCUUAAAGUAGAAUCCCAUGGAGAAGCAGGACAUCUCUACAUUGAGCAAGUGGAUCUUAACAUGGAACCAACCGAGACCCUGCCAAACCCUCGAACUAUUGUAAGCGGCCUGGCCCCAUAUAUGCCGAAAGAAUCUUUGUUGAAUAAAUACGUGGUUGUAGUAAACAACAUGAAGCCAAGCAAAUUUAGAGGCGUAUUAUCACAAGGAAUGUUGUUAGCUGCUGGUAAGGGUGACAAGGUUGAGUUACUUCAUCCCCCAAGCACAAGUCAGUUGGGCGAGCGUGUGUACCUCUCUAAAGUAAACAUGGGGACCGCCGAUCCUGUUCUCAAGCCAAAACAGCGCGUGUUUGAACAAGUUUCACAAGAUCUCAAGACCAAUGGAUCUCGGAUAGCAACCUACAAAGGACACGAAUUACUUACCAGUGCUGGGCCAGUAGCAUGUGAAAGUAUUGUUGAUGGACAGAUAUCGUAAUUAAUUUGUAGGGUGGUGAUUCUAUGAUAGCUCUCAUGAUAAUACCAGACCCUUCUUCUGUAUAGAAAAAACACAAUAAACUUGUAGACUUGUACUGUGACUAU